GGGUUUUUGAUGAUAAUCUUGACGAGCCAGAUUGGGUCUGGCACUUUACAGAUCAGACUCCAGCCUCCAAACAGUCGGACAUCUUCCCCGCUGCAGACAGCGGGUGGCAGAAGAAGGCAACAGGAAAAGUCAAGGGCAACCCAACGAAGAUCAACACCAUGCCUAUUACCGAUUCACGGGUGAUCCGGGAGGAGAAGGCAAGGGAAGACCUACUGUGGGAUCUGGACACGAUAAGAGAACAGAUUGAACAGGAAUACAACAAAGAACCAAGCCUGUUCAGAGAGGCAUUGAAACAAGCUGAGCUGCAAACAUACAAAAGAAGGGACAAAUUUCAUGCUGGCAAUAAACAUCAAUUACAGGAAGGGGACAUAUCUUCAGGGAAAGAAUCGGGGCAGAAAAGAAGAAGGGUUGAUGAUCCGUCAAAGGCAAAAAGAACAAACACGACAGGAGCUGGGUCUGAAGGGGAAGGAAUGGAGUUCGAUCUGACAGGGGAUCAGGCGGAUGAUGAAGCAGAUGGGAAAAUUGCCAAACCGGAUGUUGUGUCCACAGAUGACGAGGACCGCGCCAAACGGUCCUUAACCUGGCUCAGGCACUAUGUGGAAAAAGCAAAAAGGGAAAGGGAACAUGCUUUCGAUGUCCGGGUAGCAUGCCUGAAACACGCCAAGAGAUCCCAGGUGAAUGGGAAAAAGGAUGCCACCGCAGGAAACAACAGUUCCUCUAAUCAGUUCGCAGUCCUUCAAAAAGCCAAAGCGGAGGAAUUUUCGGAGUACGCAGCAUUCAGAUACGCAGAAAAGAAGAGGGCAAGGGAACAAGGCACAGAGGGCAAGGAUAAAACCAUUCCCACAACCAAGGACAACUUUCAGGGUCUGCGUCCCAAGGCGAGGAAAACAGGCAAAAACCAGAAAAGAAGGGACACCAACAACGACCAAACCGAGGUGGAAGAGAAAUCAGAGCGCGACAUUUUGGAAAAAAAAGUUGCAGUGGUAUUGUCUCAAACUGAAAAAUUGAGAAAGUGGAACAAAGAAUAUGCACCUGAAUUCACAACCAUCACUCAGAUUGCGAAUGGAAAAACCCCAAUGGUGGUGGAGUCGGCCAAAGCAGCCCGCAUAACACUGAGAAACAUCAGGCUGCUUGUCGCAGCCAGGUACGAGCCAAAUGCGAGGGAGUGGCAGAUUGCAACGGACAUAGCAUUCCAAAUCCCUCACUUUGUGGAAGGGGAAAAUGUGGUCAAAACGCUCAAAAAUCAGGUAACAUUGGAAUCCCCACUGGGUUUGUUCGUAACAGUUGCAAUGGAGACAGACUUGGUUGAGACCAGCACUCAAGAGGGCUCAGAAAGUGUUCAUAAUGGAAAGGGAGAGUCAGACAGAAACUCCCCAAGAGCCUUCUCCCCCCUGAUAGCCAAGAUGUCAGACUUAACGCAGUUAAGAUCAGGGAUGAUAUGGAGACCUUGGCGAACGGUGGCCGAAGUCCCGUACAACAUCCUUGCUAGCAUUGGAGUGUCGGCGGAGCUGACGGCCACAGCAAUGGCACACAUCGUUGAGGCAGGUCAGCUGGACGGAGAUGAAGAUCUGGAUGCGAGAGCCUAUGCCAUGGACAACGAAAGAUUCUAUAGGAGUGAUGCCUCAGACUGCUCAUCAUGGGAUGGGGACGAACGUGAGAAGAUGGACCGGUUGACUGAACUGGAAAAAGUGGAGAAUGGCCAAAUGGAGUCGGAGGGGACAGGAGGGACAGGUUCAGAGAAGGAGUCGGAGGGAACUACUGACCCUCUGCCCCGUGAGGACAUGGAGUUGAAGACUGACCAAGAAGAGGGGGGAGAGGGCCUGAGGAUGGGAACCUCCUCACCUACCCCAACUUAGACUCCCGGCACCUUAGAUCAGUUAACCCCUUGAUCCACCCCAACUCCGUCUAUGGAAAACUAUGAAAGA